AUGCGUGACGUGCUCCGUGACACGGCGCGCAUCACGAAGGCAGUUCUCCCGCCGCUCCUCAAGCGGCUCGGGCGGACUGACGACGCGCGCUACUCGAUCAAGCACACCCUCAGCGACCCGCUCCGGCUCGACCCGGCCCUCUGCCCGCGCCUCAGCCGGCCGGCGCGCAUCCUCGUCGUCAAUGACGACACGCUCAACGCCGCCAUCAAGCACACACUACCGCACGCUAGCCCCGCCGACAUGACGCCACCUGCCGUGGCCAACUUUGCCAACCGCGAGCGGCCCGGUGGCGGCUGGCUCAACGGCGCUAUGGCGCAGGAGGAGUCACUCUGCUACCGCACUUCGCUGUCGCUUAGCCUCGACGCCUCCCGGUGCAGCCGCCACUACCCGCUGUCGGCGCACGAGGCCGAAGUCCUCUACAGCCCCUACGUCGUCGUGCUGCGCAACGACUUCGCCAGCGGCCACCGGCUCCUCCUCAACUCGGGCUCCGCGGGUGACGCCGUGGACGUGCGCGACCUACCAGUGGUGAGCGUACUGUCCGUGUCGGCGAUCCAAGCGCCGCAGGUGCGGCGCAUCUCGGCGCUGCCGGGGACGGAACGUCACGAUCCGGACAAGUACGUCUUCCAGCGCGACCGCGACCGCAACCUGACCAAGGACAAUAUGCGAUUGGUACUGCGUACGGCGGCGUCGUACGGGCAUCGGCAACUGGUGCUGGGCGCGCUGGGAUGUGGCGUCUACGCGAACCCGCCAGAGGACGUGGCGCACUGCUGGCGCGAGGUGCUGCGCGAGGACGAGUUUGGCGGGAACUGGUGGCGGUCCGUCAUUUUUGCCGUCUACGAUGCCCAGGACGGGGGAAAUUACGAGAUUUUUAAGCGUAUCUUGGGGGGGUUGCUAGUUUAA